AUGGUAUGUGCUUCAGCUGAAGCAAUUGAAUCUUGUGAUGAAAUCUUGAUUCAGAUUCUUAAACAUUUACCUGCAAAAUCCCUUUUCCGUUUUAAGUUAGUUUCCAAGAGAUGGUCGUCUCUUAUUUCUGAUCCCUUCCUUAAAUCAAUUUGGAAGCCGAGAGUGUCAGGCCUCUUCAUCCAGAUAUCUACCAAGAAAACUUGCAAAACCAAGCAUGAGUACAUCAAAGUGGAAGCCAAGCUGCCUAAUAGUCUCCAAGACAAUCUCAGUUUUCUGAAUUCUGAUGGAAACAGCAUCUGUGUUCCAUGCCCUGAAAGGCGUAGUGCGUGGAAGGAAGUGAAUAUGUUUUUGGCUUAUGAUCCUUCCGAAUCAAUAGCUUACAAAUUGGUAGCAAUCAGCUCUAUUCGCAGAUCACAGAUUUUUGUCAAUAUGUAUUCUUCAGAGAGCAAGUCAUGGAAAGGCAUUGAAGGAGUUGCGUUAGGUGAUGUUUGUUUCAACUUGGGAGUUUAUUUUGAUGGCUCCAUCCUCUGGCCAGCACUAAGGUCAGAGGAAUCGCAAUGUUUUAAUGUUUCCUCAGAAGUUUUCCAGCGAUUUGCCAUGCCUCCGCUGCAAAAGAGUAAUCAGCAAAGAAAGCUGAAACAUUUUGGAAAGACUAAUGAAGGCCAUUUAUGCCUAAUCCUGGGAUCCAGCUCUGAUGCUAAUAUGCUUUUUGUCCAUCAGAUGAAGCGUGGCCAGUUCAACUGGUCUGUGAAGUACCAUGUUGAUCUUACCAGCCUUGCUUCAGCAUUCCAUGUUCUUCACAUAGCUAGCAAGGAAGAUGAGGUAUCAUCCAUGAUUUUACUUGUAAAAGGCAGAGCCAUGUCGCACGAGUUCAAGGAUAAAACCUACAAGGAGCUCCAGAAGACAGCGCUACCUGAUCAGAAAUGCUUAGUUGUACAUCAGUUGAUUGAAAAUCCAUUCUGCUUGCUCAACUAA